UAGCAGGACAAUUCCUUUUCCGGAAGGAAAUAAGACUAGUUGGCAACCCGAGUGUCAGCCACGCCCCGCCCCCUUGGCACUUACGGGCACUCAGUAGUCAGUAUCACUUCAGCAGCCGGGGUAUCAGGGUGUGUGCGCCUGCGCGUUGCUCAUGGAUACCAGGAGGCAGUCCUAUACGGUUCAAUCACAGUCAGUGGGUCUAACAUCGGAGCUGUAACCACCUCGUCAUCUGGACAAUAACGAGACACCGAGUGAUACUUUAAGACGCAUACGAAAAUACAUACAUAAGUCAUGUGGCCAAACCGGAAAGAGAGAGAGAGAAAAAGACGAUAAUAAAAAAGGAGAGUCGACGAGCGACGCGAGAGUCCAUAGAGCAUAUAGCCAGGAAGGGGGCGUGGCUCAAAAUUCCACGUCCGGACGGUUAUCGAAGAUCUGAGAAGGCUGAUGAAGGCUGACACAGUCUUUUAGACUGUAGGGAUUUUUCAUAGCGCGAAGAAAACCUCCGCGUGAGCAGAAACCACAACUGGCAGUGAGCUAACUAAGAGUCGACCGCAAGGAGGGAACCUUUCGCCUCAAGUAGUCCUGAUUAGCACCUUCUUAAAACUCCUUAUUUCCUUGCCUUUCCUGCCCUUUUGUGACGUAUAAAAAACAAACUGUCAAUCACUCUCAUUAUCUGUGGCCCCUUUCUGGUUACUUCUAUCUUUUUCUAAAUUUUGUGGUCCAUAUCUAUAAAUACUUAUACAUUUUUUCCUAAAACAUCUUUUUCCUACUCAUGUCUCUGAGAAUCGAAUAUUCUACUUCAGCUCCACCGACAGAGAUUACAUAUUUCUUUUCCUCCCCUCUUUCGUCACACUUAUUAUUAUAACUCCGAUUCGUUACGACUCGGCGUCAAAUUUCCUUAACUUAUCGGCUUGAUAAGUCACAGGAUUUCCUCACAGCACUGCGCAACAAUUAAUCCCUACAUUCAAUAUCAAAAUCUUCAUUCCCAUCAGCUUCCUAUUGACCCUACCAAUCUUGCCUUCUUCGCCACAGCUCCGAGGACUAACCUUGUCCUUCCCAGGCCCUUAGAAGUCUUCCUAGACAAGCUUCCUCCUCCUCCUUCUCCUCCAGCGGGACUAUGGACUACGAAAACGAAACCCUGGGCGUUUGGGGUCCUGGAGGCCGGUUUACGGACUAUGAGGACUUCACCGACUACGAGGUCCUGGAUUCCGAAAUUGCCAAGUGGGUCACGAGGAUGUCGACGGGAGUAGCCAGGUUCAUCGCUAUCCUCUUCAUAGGAUAUAUGGUCAUGGGUCUGACCGGGAACUUCCUGACGAUUUUGGCUCUCCUCAGGUGUCCACGGGUGAGGAACGUCACAGCUGCCUUCAUCAUCAGUCUCUGCGUUGCCGACUUUCUCUUCUGCGUUCUGGUUCUACCUUGGGAAGUGUCGCGGUUCUUGGCCGGUCGGUGGAUUUGGGGAGAGGGCUGGAUCUGCACCCUCUUCCCGUUGCUCAGGUACUGGAACGUUGCGGUGUCGCUGCUCUCUAUCGCCAUGAUUACAAUCAACAGGUACAUCAUGAUCGCCCACUUCAGCGUCUACAAACUGGUCUACAGGAAGGUCUUCAUAGCUCUAAUGAUAGCGUUCUGCUGGGUGUUCGCUUUCGUGAUGCUCGUGCCGACGCUCCUGAAGAAGUGGGGUCGAUUCGGUUACGACCGUCGACUACAAACGUGUUCGAUCAUCGACGGCGACAGCAAGGCUCCCAAACAGGUCCUUUUCGGCCUGGGAUUCUGUGUUCCUGCCAUAGUCAUCGUCAUCUGCUACUCUCUCAUUUUUAUCGUCAUACACAAGUCAGAGAAACGCAUGCGUCACCACAGUACCCGGGGCAUGAACGGCGCCCACGCCACGGGGUCAGCUCUCCAAGGGCAUUCUAGAAGUCGUACCAAGGUCGAGAGAGAGGCGAGGAGGAAGAGGAACGAAUGGCGCAUCACCAAGAUGGUCCUGAUCAUCUUCAUCGCCUUCCUGAUCACUUACCUGCCCAUUACCCUCGUGAAAAACCUGGACAAAGACGUUAAUUACCCAGGUCUCCACGUGAUGGGCUACGUCCUCAUCUACAUUUCGAGCUGUAUAAACCCUAUCAUCUACGUCAUCAUGAAUCGGCAAUACCGACAGGCCUACAAGACUGUGCUGUUGUGCAAGAGACCUCGCCUCCCUUCCCUCACUUCUUCCCAUUCAGAGAGGAACAAGGCGCGUAACAAAGCAGUGAUGGAAGACCUCAACGACAAGACCUUGAUGUCGAACGUGUCCCUCUCCGACGCAGCGGCUCUCCCGGAGUGCCACGAACUUCCGGAGGUCUUCGUCGACAAAUGACGCCGCCGCCAGGAGGAGAUAGAGGAGGAGGAGGAGGAGGAGGAGGAGAGUCCAUAACGAGAGGAUUCAAACCCAGACCAAACUAAUAGACGGACGAGAGACGGGACCAGGAUCCCACUCAGUUUAGUGAUCCACAGGGUGUCAACAAACCAAGGACAGUUAAAAAUUGAGUACUCUUGUAAUUAUAUAUAUGUAUAGAUUACUUGAGAACAAAUGUCUUGAAAUUUAUCGAACGUUCUGAGGUACUCUGAGUACCUUCGUCCAUUUACAUCGGUUUUUUUUUUUUUUUUUUUUGUAAAAGUUCUUACCCUCGUUGUCGUUGGGAAAACGAACUUUUACAGCUAUGACAUGUAAGGCGGUAUCUUUGAACAGAAUAACUGACAGUGAUAAAUGGAACCGAAGCAGUGAGUGUGUACUGGAAAUCUGGGUUGUGCGUGGGACCCGAAGGCGCUGAGGAGAUGACAAAUAAUCGGCGACAAGGAAUUUUAUCAAGGUGUUGUAAAGACAAGAAGACUACGACAUUCAUUGAAGGGAAAUCGUUCUCGUGUGAUUCGGGAAGAAAAUGAAUGAAAAGUUUGAAAUACUCAAAUGGCCUCGACGGCAUUUGUAAUAAUAAACUAAUAGCAUUCAGUGAGUAGGAAUUUGUCAGUUUAGUAAGUGAUAAGAGUAUGCGAAGGCGGUCGCUACUCGUAAGCAAAAGAGUACAAACUAGCACAAAAAAAAAAAAAAAAAAUGUGUUCCAAAUGCCAUGUCACCAGCGAACAAUUAAGCAGCAUUACUUAAAAUGUCUAGAGAAUGCUUCCUCUUGCACCUAUUAUAGCUUAUGUUAUCCUUGUUCGUAUUUUUUUUGUAAAUAGAUUAAUGUGUGCUUUAAAAAACAAUGUUUAUAAAAAGACAAUGCAAUAGAUAAUAAUGUUUGUUUUGUUAUACUGUACAGUACAUUUCUGGUGCUUAUGUUGAUAGUCACUUCUAAUAUAUAUAUAUAUAUAUAUAUAUAUAUA